CUGCGAUGCGCUAAAAGCGAGAAAGGGGACUAUCGGUGCGGCGAUCGACGAGCCCGUAAUCGACUCUUCCACCCUGGGCUGCAUUCCAUGUGGAGCUGUGCCCAUGAAGUCGCGAAGCGCGCUUCCGUAGACACCGAUCUGGCAUGUUUUGGUUCCGCAUCGAGUUCGGAAUGGUUACUUCUGUGAAAGAGCUGUAGUCGUCGCUGGGAGCUCCAGCGGGCGCAUUUCAAUUUGAAGGCGAAACCUUUGAUGACGAGUGCACGCCUUUGAGGUGCAGUGGUAUGUCGACACGGAAUUGGAUCGUUCGGGUGUAUUUGUUGUGAAGCGGACAUUGUAGAAGAGUAAUUUCGAUUGUCUGGGGAGAGUGGAGUGAGAUUUGAGAGAUGGUAUGGUUGGGAGAAGAGAGACAGCAUGCGGACCUGGAGCGAUUUUGAUGCGCCAGGGUGAUGUGAUGGUGAUUUUGGAUGGUUGAAAUUGGCUUGCUGGUGUGAUGCUCGUGCAUAUUCGUUGUGUCGAUCUUAGACAAUGUUGAGCUUAGCGAUUGGCGAGGGGAGGUCAUAAGAAGGCGGCGUGCUCCGAGUUGAGGUCGUAUUCUGUUUCCGGUGUUUGAUGGUGAGGGGAUUACCAUGGAGCAGAGCAAAUAGGGAGGAGGAGCAGCAUCGCGAGGGGAGGGGCAAUUAUGUGAUCUUUGUACAGAAAACAAGUGUUAAGAUUCUCGAGGGCAGUUUUUUGCGAAUUUUGGUGAUUCCUGGUGGAUAGUUUUCAAGAUUACAGGGGGAUCUGGUCGAGUAAGAGCUUUUCGAUAGUUCAUUAGUCCAGUUGGCCUCUGCCGAGAGAUGCCCUGGCGCUGUUUCUCUCUUUGUCAAACUCAUGCAAAUUAUUCAGUUAGAACAAGUUUAUCUUCGGGGAAUUAGAAAUGCGGUUGUACUUUGUGUUGGAGACGAGUAGUGCUUGUUGGAGGUUAUUUUUGUGACAUGCUAAUCUUUGAUCAAGGAGGACUGGAGGUCGGGCGUUAAUUACACAGACUGCUCCUGGUAUCGUAACGUACACCUGCGGCUUCCUGUUGAUAUACCUCUCGAAUUUCUCUUUUUCGAUUCCGGAGUUUUUCGUUCAAGUGAAAGCGGCUGCCUCUUGUCUUCGACCUAGUUUAAGCUCCCUACAUGCGAUGGAAGCGGUGAUCCCUCAUCAGCAGCGUCAACGGCGUCGCCGCUCAUCAGCCUCGAAGGAGUUGGCGCAUGGCCACAGGAAGAUAUAUGAUCCGCGAAGGUGGCAUAAGCGGACAAACAGUGGCUCAGAUACAGGUGGACGGCCUCCUGCAGGAUGGGUUCUUAUUUGGGCCGGAAGGUUCAAGCGUUGGCGGCGACGCUGGUUUGUUGCAAAUCCUCCAGGGUUGCUUCUCCACUACAAGAAUUCAGAUCAAAUUGGUCGUCAUGGAUGCAUCAGUCUCCUUGGGGCCACCGUGGUUCCUGCCCUAGGCAAGGAACGGCAGUUCAAGAUUAUCAAGGGCUCAAUGGUUUAUUAUUUGCGUACGAUUAGUCGUGAUUACCGGCAGCCUUGGUUAGAUGCCAUUAAUGAAUCAAUUCGGGUAUAUCAUUACUCAGUUCAGAGGGCAGCAGGGGUAGGGGAUUUUGGGACUGCGUUACCUUCUCAUUCAUCUAUGUCCUCGUUUAACUUUCCAGCUUUCACGCAGCACAUGAGAGAAGGUUGGGAAGUUCAAGAAAGGGAGUUCAAAAGAAGAGUUAAAGAAAGUCUGAGGAAUCUGGAGCCCACACAACAGGCAUUUCUUGAGCAGCUACAGAUGCUACAACAAUCGUUAUCGACAAUCUCAGGCGUUCUUGGCUUUGCCGAACGUUUGGAAUUGCCUUCAAAAUCUACAACGACAAACGGGCCCAUUUUAUCUAGUCUACCAGAGGCAAGCUGGAGGUCGAAUGAACUGUUCAUGACAGGGAAUGACGUAUUUGAGUUGGGUUAUGAUCAACAGCAGACUGCUUUUCCGACUGCAGGCAUUGACAGAAUAUCGUCGCCAGAAAUGGGAGUAAUGAAUCUCGUUCAGAAUAAAUCUGGGCCUAUGUCACCUCAGAUGUUUCGGUUCCAGGAAAAUGACUCUGAGAGUAGAGGUGGUUCGUGUUCCCUUCUUAUGAGGAAAAUUGAUGUGGAUGCUUUUCUGCCCGAUGAGUCAACUCAAGAUUCAAUUGUUAUCAGGCCUCAAAAAUCGGUGCACACUGUUACUUUUCCAGGUGAACAUAAAUUUAAAAGGGAUAGGCGGAAUUCGUCUAUGUCACUGGAUGAGGAUGAUUUUGAUUCUUCGACUCUGGAUAUUAGUUGCAUUCGAGCUGAGUGUUUCCCGGGGAGAAAACGCAGUGGUCAUGGGAAUGCAUCAGACACUGAGUCUGGGUCCAAGAAAAAAUCUAUCAAGUUCAAUAGUCCCUUGCAUCCGUGGAAGAGGAAUGGGGAUUCCACCUCUGUUAUUACUCCUACUUCCAGUCAGGAACUUGACUCAAGUCUAACGAAGAAGAUAGAGAAGGACCUCUUCGUACAAAACAAAGAAAUCAAUGGGUCUUCAUAUGGAGCAACUUGUACAGUAGGUGAGGCCUCAAAUCAUGGAAGUAAGGAAGGUUUGUCAGGGACAGGGCAAUCGAAAGCGAUGGAUGGAGAAGGAUCGACACGACCUGCAAGAAAUGGACUAUUUAGUCAAGGGCCUCUUCAUGUCGCUUGGAACAACAUGCAAGAUACUUACAGUGAGGCUUUGAAAGAAGAGAUAUUCCGAGUGCUCGAACUUGAAGCAGAGAAUGCUGUCUUACAACAUGCAUUGAGAACCUUGCCUCAACUACAGCAAGAUCGAGCAGCUCUUUUGAGCAUGAGAGAAAGAUACAAAAAGGAGAGGCUUUGUGAAUGCGGUCGCAAAAUUGCUUAUGAAGACUCAGUCUUGGAAGACGGAGACGAUACUGAAGAGGACAUUGCUAUAGUGCAUCCUGAUGUUGGAAAUGAGGAGUAUUUUGAGGCGUUGGAGGUCUUGAAUCAUCACGAAUUCGUUGCUAGGUCAACUUCAACAGAAGAACAUGAAAAUUUACUUAAGGCAUCCAAACAAGAACCCAGUGAAGAAGCUGAGAUAGGGGAUGCUGAUUUUCUGUCAGAAGCUGAAGGAGAAGAAAUUGAUCAACCGAGAAGAAGAUUGCCAGCUCCUAGACCUCUUUCACGAGGUUUUACUAUGUGGACAAUAUUGAAGAAUGCAGUUGGCAGGGAUCUUAACAACAUCACAAUGCCUGCCACCAUCAAUGAGCCUCUCUCAGUACUUCAGAAGUGUGCUGAAGAACUUCAAUAUCGAGACUUAUUGGAGCAGGCAGUUCGGAAGACGGACUCUUUGGAGCGCUUACUUUUGGCCACUGCAUUCACCUGUGCGAGCUAUUAUGGCAGCAUUCAUCGUGAUGCAAAACCUUUCAAUCCUCUGUUGGGGGAAACUUAUGAGUAUCAGGGCAAAAAUUCUUGGUUUCUGGCUGAGCAGGUUAGUCAUCAUCCGCCCAUACUCGCCUUCCAAAGUGAAAACGUCGGUGGUGCAUAUCAACUUUUUGGUGAGAUCGAGCUCAAGAACAAAUUUUGGGGGAAAAGCAUAGAGGUGCUGUGCAAUGGAGGAGUCCAUUUAAAAAUUCCUCAGUAUGGAGACCAUAUUACGUGGAACCGAGCAACUCUUUGUAUCCAUAAUGUUGUGGUUGGUAAAUGUUGGAUCGACAAUUAUGGGGAGGUUUCUGUGGUAAAUCACAAGACUAGCGAAGUCGGUCGUGUUCGCUUUCACAAAGCAACUAGCAGAGAGCAAUGCCGCAUCACUGGGAAGAUGUAUGAUGCCAAAGGGAUUCCUCAGUAUAAAAUUUUUGGUAAUUACAUGGAAGCAAUAUAUGCUUGUCCAGAGUCAUGUAUGAACUUCGAUGUCAAUGCUCCGGAUGUGAGACUGCUUUGGAAAGCACCUGAGCAAAUUGAAGAUUUCCGUCAGCAAUACUGCUUCACCCAAUAUACGCUAGGUUUGAAUGAGUUGACACCAAAGUUAUUGAAUGCACUCCCUCCUACUGAUUCAAGGUUCCGGCCUGAUCAACGUGCUCUGGAGGAUGGCAAUUUGGAGAAAGCUACUCCAGAGAAGCUGCGUUUGGAAGAGAAGCAAAGGAGUGCUCGAAGAGUGCGAAAAGAGAAAGGAAUAGAAUGGCAGAAUAUGUGGUUUACUCAGAGGGACCCUGGAGUGUCCGAAGUGAAGUCGAUUGAAAUUGAAAAUUCGGAGCCAUCAUGGGUUUAUAAGGGAACCUAUUGGGAUGCUCAUGACCAGCGAGCCUGGGAAAACUGCCCCGACAUUAUGUAGGUUUUAGACACAGGUUUAUUUAAUGAGCGCUUGGGGUCAGAUACUUGACCUUGAUACUUUCAGAGCUAUAUGGCACAUGAGAACCAUAUCACUCUUUGAUGGAGGCUUUUCAGAAUCUACAGGUCAAUUUGUGGAUUGUGGCUUGGAGAAGAGCUGACAUUCACUAGCCAUUCAUCGCCAGUCUACAAUCAGACUGAGACUGUAAAUAAUUUGCUGAAACAUGCAGAUGCGUGUGGACAUAUAACUUGUGGGUGAUUUUAUAGACAUCUCUUGGAGCAUUCACACAAGUGUGAGGGUGAAUAUAGUGUAACAGUUUAUUGAAUGUCUUGAUACAGUUGGAAUCAACUUACAAGUACUUGGUAGAAUUACAUUUAACAUUGACCAGGAUCACACAAGCAUAAUGUGUUAGUGCGCUUUUCUGUUGUCCCAUCUAUGUAUUGUUUUAGAACAUGGUUAACCUGAAUUUGAAUUUUAUUUUGCAA